CACCGCAAGACAGCGCCAUGUUGGGUCAGUUUGAAAGCGAGCGCGGGCGUCUCGCUCGGCUGUGACGGCGGAGGAAUGUGCUAGCGAGACAAACCUGAGGCUGGGCGGCGUCCAGGUAGCAGAAACCUCUGGCCACUCGUUUAACAUUCUGUCCGUCAGAAUGAUGGGUUUCCUUUUAGAGAUACAAACGGAAGUGUUUACGGAAGAAAUGUUGAUUUUAAGAGAAAUGAAUAGAAAUAACCUAUUUUGAGGAAGCCAUGGCAGAGUCAAAUAUAAAACACAGAGCUUGUUCUCGGGAAUCUUCAGUAUCUUCUCUGUUAGCAAGCUGCAGCCUGAGUGGUAGUAAUUCCACUAACUCUGAUGGCUCUUUUCAGUAUAAGGAUAAACUGUACAGUUCAGCAUCUCAGGCUCUGCAGGCCUAUAUUGAUGAUUUUGAUCUAAGCCAGAUGUAUCCGGGUGCAGGCACUGGAAAGAUUAACAUUGAUAAAUGUUCUGCUAAUAUGCCAGAAAUCUCCAACUAUAUUUAUAAACCAAACAAUGCUUUUGAAAAUCUUGAUGACAAGGAAAGCUCCUUGUCCUUAUACUCUAGAGAACAUACUCUUAAUGACAUAGACUCCAUAAGCCUAACAACAGACGAUCUAUUAAGACUUCCAGCAGAUGGAUCAUUUCCUUUCACUUAUAUUGGAUCAGGCCAUGGAAUUAGCAAGAAAAGCAAGAAACGCAUUGGAAGACUCAAUUCAUCAGUCAGUGAAAAGAAUCAAAAUUUUCAAGAACCCUCCGCUUUCAUGGGCAAAGAUAACUUAGUUACUCCAGUUGUAUACACAAAUGUAAAUGGAAAGCAAUGUGGUAGGCUGAAAAACCCAAAACUUGUGAAUAAGACUAAUAAAUGCGUUUCUGUACCAUCUUUAUAUUUUUCCAAGAAGUCAUCUUUUAGGGACAGUUCAGAACACAGUCUUGAAAAGAAUUACCCAAGAUGGCUAACUAGCCAGAAAUCGGACCUUAAUGUUUCAGGGAUAACUAGUAUACCUGAUUUCAAAUACCCAGUCUGGCUCUACAAUCAAGACUUACUACCUGAUACAGAUAGUCAAAGGAUUUCUAUAUUUGAAGAAGAUCAGUAUUCCCCUAGACAUAGUUACCAGGCACAAAGAACUUCUCGGCUAAUGAAUAAAUUAGGUUGCUUUGAAUAUUCUUUUGAACCCUCAAACAUUUCGCAUUCCUUGAGUGAUAAAAGAUUAGUUAAUGGAUAUAGAUGUGAUUGUGAACAUAGCCAAUGUCAGUGUGAGAAUCCACUUCUCCCAGGAUCCAAAAAGCCAUUCAGUGGUGACAAAAUUGAAUUGCUUAUCCUGAAGGCCAAGAGCAAUCUAGAGCAUUGUACUGAAGAAUUACCGAAGUCUAUGAAAAAGGAUGAUAGUCCUUGCUCAUUAGAUAAACUUGAAGCAGAAAGAUCAUGGGAAAAUAUUCCUGUCACUUUCAAAUCUCCUGUUCCUGUUAAUUCUGAUGAUAGUCCUCAACAAACUUCAAAGGCAAAAUAUGCUAAAGAAUUCCUCGAAGACUUUUUAAAUAAUGAUAAUCAGAGCUGUGCUCUCUCUGGAGGGAAGCAUCAUGGUCCGGUUGAAGCCCUGAAGCAAAUGUUAUUUAAUCUUCAAGCAGUGCAAGAAAGUUUUAGUCAGAAUAAAACCACAGAGCCGAAGGGAGAGAUUAAACAAGUUUCAGAAGAUGAUUUCUCUAAAUUACAACUAAAGGAAAGUAUGGUUCCUAUUACUAGGUCACUUCAAAAGGCUUUGCACCAUUUAUCUCGCCUGAGAGACCUGGUUGAUGAUACCAGUGGGAAACAGUCACCGAAAAUGUGAAGAAGAAAAUAAAAGUCUAACCAAUAAAUAGCACAGAAAAAAAAUGUAUUUUUUUCUAUUGCUUAAACUGAUGAAGUAAUUAUAAGCCGUACAUUAUUCUGUGAUUGGUUCAAGUAUUACAUAUUUUGAAAAAGCCAGACUUGAAAAUGUCAGUGUAUUUUGUGACCUAUCCUCAUUUUGUGCUAUAAUGAGGUGAACUGGAAGGACCCACACUCUUUGUCCUAGUCCGACUUUGGUCUUCAGGCUGUCAAAUGUCUAAUAUUCAAAGAUGGAUGGAUUUCCCUUCUUGAAGCUUAUGUGGACUUAACCUUCUUCAGCAUCCUCAUCGUUUUAUCAUCUGGUUCUGGAUCAUUAAGAAGCUUUUCCUGGUUUCUACUCAAAAUUUCUUAAGUUAAAUAGACUUUGAUAAAGUUAGCAUCCACUUUUAAGGAGCUUAAAGGAGUAUCAAAAUUGUUAUGGUGUAUUUUAUCUAUGUGGGAGUAUGUUACUUUUCAGUUUGAUAAAGGAAACAUUUAAGAAAAUGUAUUUGCAAAUAGCAUUAAUUGAUGAAGUGCUAAAAGUAAUGUUUUAUAUUGUGAAAUCCAGGAAAACCUCAUUUUUUAAUGCUUUGAUUCUGUGUAAGAUAAUCUUGACAGUACUUGACAGUUUACAAAACAUUUCGGGGGAGGAUAUUUGAGAAUUUAAUAUUUUGAUAUUAGAUUAUUUCCUAGAUUUAAGUUUUGAGGCUAGCUCAAAUUAGUGAAAAUUGUGAGAUCAGUGACCAAUUGCUUUAUGAAAGUUGAUAGCUAAACUUAAAAUGAGUAUGGAAAAUCAGAAAGCAACUCCAUAUUUUAAAGCAAUUUUGUAAGUGCUGAACUUAAAAGCAAUCUGUAGUCUUUAAAGCUUGUCACUAGCUGGAAGUCAACAAUGACCUUCUAAUUAGCAGGAAGCAUCUUUACUAACAAAAUGAAAUAAGUCAUCAGUCAUGAUGAGGCAUAUUUUAAAAGUCUAAUGAAAUUAAAGAAUAUAUAUGUAUACAAAUAUUACAAAUUAACACUAACCAAAGGCAGCAUUUUUGCCAAGUAGCUUUACUGUCAAAUAGGAGUUUCUUAAGUAUGUUGGGUCAAAGAAUUUCCCCCCAAUUUAAAGCACUAUAUACAUGUAAAAACUGAGAUGAAUCCCAUUUUUUUCUUGACUGGUGAGUCAGUGUCACUAUAUGGUUCAUUCAACGUGAUUUGAGUCACUUACUAAUAAGUUUGUUUUGUUUACUCUGAAGGUGUUUUUGCCGCCAGCAUUCUGUUUUCUGAUUAUGGUCUUCUGCUUCACAGCAGAGUUUGCAUACAAUCAAAUAAGGUAUUCUUUUGAUGAUUAAAGUGUGGUUGCCUAUUAAAAGUGCAGAUUUUAA